AUGACGACGCUGGCGGUGCGGCGCCGUGCGGUGUGUGCCCUGGCGCUCCUCGCGCUGCUCUGCGGCUGCUGCUGCGGGGCGGGAACUGAGGAGGCUGCGACUGAAGUGAAAGUGUCGGUGGAGGUGUCGUGCCCUAAAACAGACGGCAAGUUGUUUUGGCGCGUUGCCGGCAAGGGGGAUUCUGCUGCCUGGAGGGAGUGUCCUCAGGCGGUGACGGGUGCGCAGAGCAGCGAAAGCGCUGCUUACGGUAAUACCCUCUGCCUCGUGGCCGGUUCGGUGUACCUGGAGAAGUUCCCGACGGGGAACUGCCCUGCACCCCAGCCAGCGGCGGGCACAGACUCUGUUGCGUUCACGAUGAACUGUACGGCGGCCGCAAACAGUGCGCUGCACAAUCUGACGAAGAGCAAAGAUGGCACCCUCACCCUCAAUCCAACGGACAAUCCACUGGGCGAGUCCGGCGAUUGUGAGUACCCAACCUCCAGUCAAACCGCGACGCAAGUGCAGCCUGAACCCCAAUCUACAGAACAACAGCAGCCAGCAGGCCCACCACAACAACAACCGGCAAAUGCAGCAGCAGCGUCAUCUUCGGCGCGAACUCAUGACGGAGACCGUACGAGGAAUAGGGGCUCCACUGCUA